AUGCUGCUCCGCAUCCCCGGGCCGGCGCGCGGGAGGGGCCGGGGCCGGCCGCCGGGGGCUCCCAGCUGCGGGCUCUCGCCGCCCUGGAGCCCCGCCUGGCUUUGCUGCCUGGUGCUCGCGGGCAGCCCGGCGGCCUGGGCUAGGGACCUGCCCUCCUCCAGCCGCCCGCUUCCUCCUUGCCUGGAGAAGGAUUACCACUUUGAAUAUACGGAAUGUGAUAGCAGCGGCUCCAGGUGGAGAGUUGCCAUUCCGAAUGCUGCAGUGGACUGCUCUGGCCUGCCUGACCCAGUGAGAGGCAAAGAAUGCACUUUCUCCUGUGCUUCUGGAGAGUAUCUGGAGAUGAAGAACCAAGUAUGCAGUAAGUGUGGAGAAGGCACCUACUCCUUGGGCAGUGGCAUCAAAUUUGAUGAAUGGGAUGAAUUGCCAGCAGGAUUUUCCAACAUCGCAACAUUCAUGGACACUGUGGUUGGCCCUUCUGACACCACGCCAGAUGGCUGUAACAACUCUUCUUGGAUCCCUCGUGGAAAUUACAUAGAGUCAAAUCGUGAUGACUGCACCGUGUCUUUGAUCUACGCUGUGCACCUGAAGAAGUCGGGUAAUGUCUUCUUUGAGUACCAGUACGUCGACAACAACAUCUUCUUUGAGUUCUUUAUUCAGAACGAUCAGUGCCAGGAGAUGGACACCACUGCUGCCAAGUGGGUCAGACUCACAGACAAUGGAGAAUGGGGCUCUCAUUCCGUAAUGCUAAAAUCUGGCACAAACAUUUUAUACUGGAGAACAACAGGCAUCCUGAUGGGUUCCAAGGCAGUCAAGCCGGUGUUGGUAAAAAAUAUCACAAUUGAAGGAGUGGCAUACACAUCCGAAUGCUUUCCCUGCAAGCCAGGCACCUUCAGCAACAAGCCGGGUUCAUUCAACUGUCAAGUGUGUCCCAGAAACACCUAUUCUGAGAAAGGAGCCAAAGAAUGCACGAAGUGUGCAGAGGACUCCCACUUUUCAGAAGAAGGAGCCAGCGAGUGUAUGGAGCGCCCUGCCUGUACCACGAAAGACUAUUUUCAGAUCCACACUCCAUGUGAUGAAGAUGGAAAGACACAGAUAAUGUACAAGUGGAUAGAGCCCAAAAUCUGCCGUGAAGAUCUCACAGAUGCUAUUAGGUUGCCCCCUUCUGGAGAGAAGAAGGAUUGUCCGCCUUGCAACCCUGGAUUUUAUAACAAUGGAUCAUCAUCUUGCCAUCCCUGCCCUCCUGGGACGUUUUCAGAUGGAACAAAGGAAUGUAGACCGUGCCCCGCGGGAACGGAGCCUGCUCUUGGGUUUGAAUAUAAAUGGUGGAACGUCCUCCCUGGCAACAUGAAAACCUCCUGCUUUAAUGUUGGGAAUUCAAAGUGUGAUGGAAUGAAUGGUUGGGAGGUGGCUGGAGAUCAUAUCCAGAGCGGGGCUGGAGGUUCUGAUAAUGAUUACCUGAUCUUAAACUUGCACAUCCCAGGAUUUAAACCACCAACAUCUAUGACUGGAGCAAUGGGUUCUGAACUGGGAAGAAUAACAUUUGUGUUUGAGACCCUCUGUUCUGCUGACUGUGUUCUAUACUUCAUGGUGGAUAUUAAUAGAAAAAGUACCAACGUGGUGGAAUCAUGGGGUGGAACCAAAGAAAAACAAGCUUAUACCCACAUCAUCUUCAAGAAUGCAACAUUUACAUUCACAUGGGCAUUCCAGAGAACUAAUCAGGGGCAAGAUAAUAGACGGUUCAUCAAUGACAUGGUGAAGAUUUAUUCUAUCACUGCCACUAAUGCAGUUGAUGGGGUGGCGUCCUCAUGCCGUGCCUGUGCCCUCGGUUCUGAACAGUCGGGCUCAUCGUGUGUCCCCUGCCCCCCAGGCGACUACAUUGAGAAAGAAACCAACCAGUGCAAGGAGUGUCCACCUGACACCUACCUGUCCAUACAUCAGGUCUAUGGCAAGGAGGCUUGUAUUCCAUGUGGGCCUGGGAGUAGAAGCACUCGGGACCACUCAGUUUGCUAUAGUGACUGCUUUUUCUACCAUGAGAAAGAAAAUCAGAGUUUGCACUAUGACUUCAGCAACCUCAGCAGUGUGGGCUCAUUAAUGAAUGGCCCCAGCUUUACCACCAAAGGAACAAAAUACUUCCAUUUCUUCAAUAUUAGUUUAUGUGGGCACGAGGGGGAGAAGAUGGCUCUCUGCACCAACAACAUAACAGACUUCACAGUAAAGGACAUGGUGGCAGGGCCAGAUGACUACACGAAUCUGGUAGGAGCAUUUGUAUGCCAGUCAACUAUUAUUCCUUCUGAAAGUAAGGGUUUCCGUGCAGCCUUAUCAUCACAAUCCAUCAUUUUGGCAGACACAUUUUUAGGAGUGACCAUUGAAACCACAUUGCAAAAUAUUAAUAUAAAAGAAGAUAUGUUCCCAGCUCCACCAAGCCACAUACCAGAUGUGCAUUUCUUUUACAAGUCUUCUACAACAACAACAUCUUGUGUCACUGGCCGGUCAACUGCGGUGAAGAUGAGAUGUAAUCCUGCUAAACCGGGAGCUGGAGUGAUUUCAGUCCCCAGCAAGUGUCCAGCAGGCACCUGUGAUGGAUGUACUUUCUAUUUCCUGUGGGAGAGUGCUGAAGCUUGCCCUCUGUGCACGGAGCAUGACUUUCAUGAGAUUGAGGGAGCCUGUAAGAGAGGAUUUCAGGAAACCCUAUAUGUAUGGAAUGAACCAAAAUGGUGCAUGAAAGGAGUUUCUUUGCCUGAGAAAAAGUUGUCAACCUGCGAAACAGUUGACUUUUGGCUAAAAGUGGGAGCAGGUGUGGGAGCUUUCACUGCUGUUUUGCUGGUGGCUCUAACUUGCUAUUUCUGGAAAAAGAAUCAGAAACUGGAGUACAAAUAUUCCAAGUUAGUAAUGACAACCAACUCAAAAGAGUGUGAACUCCCAGCUGCAGACAGUUGUGCUAUCAUGGAAGGAGAAGAUAAUGAAGAGGAAGUUGUAUAUUCCAAUAAACAGUCAUUACUAGGAAAACUCAAAUCCUUGGCAACAAAGGAAAAAGAAGACCACUUUGAAUCUGUUCAACUGAAAUCCUCAAGAUCUCCGAAUAUAUGAAAAGACUGUGCUAUAGCUUUCAGACUCAUGAACAAGGAAACCUGCUCUCUAGUUUUACAGGACCGUAGAUUAGAGUCUGUCCUCGUACCCGGCACAUUGGGGAUGUUAUGGAGAAGGGCCAUGCCGCUGAAAAGGGAAGGAGGUUGAAACGUUUGAUUGCCUUAUCACAUGGUCAAGUAUCUUGCCAAAAAUAGGAAAGCAAAUGGUUUGGGUCUCCACUGAAGAUGAAGCUCAACUCAGGAAGAGAUUUAGCUGUAUAUACACAAGGUGAAGCCCACCAGUGCACUGUUGCUGCAUGCCAUGUAAUUAAUGGAUAACUUUUAUUGUUUAUAACUUCACAUUAAAAAGAGUGCUUUGGAAGGCAGAUGUCAGCAUAUGCAUUGUGAUCCCAUUUUUGUCAUUUCUUUGUUUAUAUUUUGGGGAAGAUUUGAAAACAUUUUAAAGUUAUACUUCUUUUUUUCCCAUUAUUUAUUUACCUUAAAACAUCUCUUUUUAUUUAAAAUGGUGAACAAAGAAAGACAAUAAACUUUUUUUCCCCCCCCAUAGGGUAUCUUUAUUGAUUUCAGAAGCCUAAGUAAGCACUAAUCUUUUUGGAGGAGUCAGCAUAUGCUUGGGUCAUCUAAACUUAUAAUUGACUUAUGAGUUCCAUUCUUGGUGGAACUGGUAAGAAAAGCUUGACUAGAACUGUUGAAGAAAUCUUUAAAAAAAAAAAAAAAGUAAGGAGAAACCUUGACUUUUCAGUAACACAAAUAAAUGACACUGUCACAGAAGUCAAAUGGCUUACGACAGUUUAUGUAAUGAUUUGAAAUGAGUGUGAAAGCUUGUUUAUCAAAUCACCUUGCAAAAUCAUGAAGACAAAAGUGAGAUGACUUGUGUGCAAUUAUGGAUAACUGUAUAAAGGUAUUGGAGUAAUUCUGUGGUCUCCAUAAGUGGGAUAUUUGCUGUAAGUCAGGCAUGAAAGGUUACAUGAUUAUCAUUCUGCUACAAGACUUAGAGGAUCAUGACUUCUAUGGACGUUUUUCUUAUUAAGCCAAUAAAGCAGGAAUUCAGUUUUGAAAAAUUGCAUAUAAUUGUAUUCAUAAGAAGAAUGUGGUUAUGAAAUAAGUGUUGUUCUUAUUAAAAAAUGAUCUAGAUAAUUUUGAUAUUUCCUAUAACAGAUUACUAGUAUUAGCAGAACUGAAAUAUUAUUUAUUAAAGAAGUUUGAAUGAGGUUGGAUUUGACCAAUUUUGAGCAAACCCUAAUUAUUUUAGAACUGAUAAAGAGGGGAGUUUCCUGGCCAUUGAUGAUCUAAGGUGCUCUGGUUUGUUUCCAAUUAACAGUAAUCAUUACAGAUCUUAAUCCACAUUUUAAAAAAGACUGGUGGUUGGCUGAGGGAAGCAGGGUACAUGGGCAGGGUUUGUUAAAUGUUUUGCCCCACAUCUUUCAAUGAGGUAUGAUUUGUAACUUUUGAUUUAUCGGGUUAUGUCUUUAUUUUUGUGGAAACUGGGAAACAAAUAAUUAUGUUUGUCUGACUGGUGGGUAAAACACUGGAUGAUGCUAUUGUUGAAUGAAUGUGUGUUUUUGUGUAUAUCUCUGCUAUUGGAUUUGUGAAUAUAUGGCCAUUAUUUUAUUGUUGGUGUGAGAUUCAGGAAGGGCAUCAAUUAGUAUAAACUUUUUCAUGUUUAAUUUUAAAAAUAUUAUAAAGAAGAAAUUAUUGGCAUUGUUCAUUUUAAUCUUGCUAAUAGUGCUAAUGAGCCUUUCUCCAUUUUUGGUCAAAAUUUAAACAGAAGAAUGAAAAUGCAUUUGAAAUGCACCCUUUUAGAAGAAACCUGGCAAGGUUAUACAGCUGGACAGAGUCAGGAAGUUCCUGCACAGUUGCCUGUCACUCUCCUUUGUCUUCGGCUGUGCUCAACAUGCAUGUUCCAAGCCAUAGAGAUCAUUGGGAUUUGCUCCCAGGUAGCUUCUUUCUCCUCCUGUCACUGGACUAAAAUCUCUGACAUGUCAAAGAUGCCUUAAGUUUUAAUGAACUCUCUAAAAUGUAGUUGGUAUUGAAGAAUUUAUUUCUAAUUUUAGAUAUUAGAUAGAUUUUUGUCAGCUCAAUCCUGUCUUUGGAAUGGAGCUGCCCUUUUUCCUGUGGAUCCCAGUGGUUGUCAUUUUAUUCCAAGCACUAAAGUAUGACAGAAAGAAUAGUAUGAGGGAAAUAUUCCAACCAGUCCCGGCUAUAAAAUUCACUUUAGUUUUAGGUCUUGCCUUUGCAAAGCUCAGUAGAAUGCUGACAGGCUUUUAAAAAUUAAUCAUGUUUCUAUGACUUCUAAUUGACAUUUGUUGUUCCUUCCCCUACCCCCCCCCCCAAGUGGUGGGAGAAGUUAUUCAUUAUUUUUCUAAACGGCGCAGUUUUGAAGCCUUAAGUACUUCAUUAAGUCAACUGCCACCUAUAAUAUCUCUUAGCACUCUGUCAAAAUCUAUUUAAAUCAGUUUUUCACUGGAUGAGACCAUGUCUUCUAUGGAUACAUUAUAUCAUGCCAUUUAACAAUGUUAAGCAAUUUGAUAUGUGUUCACUUGUUUUAAAAGACUGACUCUUAUUCUUGUUGACUUUUCCCCCUUUUGGUUACUAGCAAUCAAGUCCUUUCUAGGAUUAAAAAAUGUUUCAUAGUAUUUUUGUGUAGACUUUUGUCAUUAUUUUCUUCCCAAGGAAAAUGGUGGUUUAAAUGGUUCUGUGGAAGAAUUGCUUGGGUCCAGUCAUUUACCAUCUAGGAUCUCCAGGUUUCCAGGUGGUGGCUCAUUUAACUACGGUUUUCAGGAUUGAUACGACCAAUUGUCCAUUGACCUAUAUCAAUAGAGCUACUUUUUGUGGUUCACA